AUUCCAAUUGCCAUUUAACAGACACUCGAAUAAAUCUGAUCCCUGUCAAAGUCAUGUUUUCUUAAUUAUCCAAUGAGAUCUUGUUAUCUCGCGAUGGCAAACGUCACCGAUCGACUAAUUUAAGAAUGAUGCACUACCAGCACUACCGAUACGCAGUAGGCGUAUUUCAUGUUCCUCUCCUCUUUUAAUUUAUAAGCGGAGGAGAAUCGAUCGCUUUUCGCUCCACGCGUCGUUUCAUUCGUCCCCGACACGUGAGAAUCGGCCUUCAGCUUAGACUCGGAGGAGCCGUUUCACGUUUCACGCCGUGAAAUUCACGGUACCCGUCGCUGAAGUACCUCGAUAUCACGAUGAAUUGACGCUCGACUCGGCCACUCGAAGAGGAACACGUGCUUGAAUGUGGACCUUUCCCUUCGUGUGCAUAACUUGAAAUUUGUCUCGCAUUUAGUUCUGGGAAAAAUGGUACUGAUGAAGUGAAACAAAUUAAAUCUCGAAGCGCUCGAACUACGUCUCCUAUAGCGGUUAAAACAUCCUCCGGUUCACCAUGUAUCAGAAACUGGGCCUCGAGGUCGAGUAUUUGACGGAACAGCAUCUCACCGGCUUCGAAAAUUAUAAAUAUAGCUCAGUGGAUACAAGCCCUCUCAGUGUGUAUAUUAUGCACCCAUUUUGGAACAAAGUAGUUCAGUACUGUCCAAAAUGGGUUGCUCCAAAUGUGUUAACAUUCUCUGGAUUCCUUUUUACUGUCCUAAACUUUGUAAUGUUUGCUAGUUAUGAUUACUAUUUGUAUGCAUCCAGUGAUGAUACACCACAGUAUCCUCCUAUACCAAGAUGGGUCUUUGCUUUAGGUGCAUUUAAUGUUUUCAUGGCUUACACACUUGAUGGCAUUGAUGGAAAACAAGCUAGACGUACUCAAACAUCUGGACCCUUAGGAGAAUUAUUUGAUCAUGGAUUAGAUAGUUGGACAACAAUUCUUAUUACUGUUUGCAUGUUCUCUGUAUUUGGUAGGACAGACAACAGUGUAUCCCCGCUACGAAUGUAUUUCAUACUCUGGAGUGUAUUUAUUAAUUUCUAUUUGACCCAUUGGGAAAAGUAUAAUACCGGUGUAUUAUUUCUUCCUUGGGGAUACGAUUUGUCUAUGGUAAGUACUAUUAUAGUAUUUAUUAUAUCAAGUAUAGGAGGACAUAGAACCUGGAAAUUCAUGCUACCUGGUGAAAUAUCAGUUGGAGUGAUGUUCGAAAUUUUACUUUACAUUACUGCAAUUGCGACUAGUUUACCCGUAGUUCUAUGGAACAUAUACAAGUCAUACAGAGAUAAGACUGGCAAGAUGCGAACAUUCCUAGAUGCCAUUAGACCUUUGCUACUUUUAGGUGUACUUUUCACAAUCUCGACAAUUUGGGUAGUGCAUUCGCCAAAUAAUAUCGUGGAAGAAGAUCCCCGAAUCGUCUUCUUGACGGUUGGAACCAUCUUCUCAAAUAUAUGUUGUCGAUUAAUCGUGUCGCAAAUGAGCAACACUAGAUGCGAACUAUUAUCGUGGAUAUUGCUCCCUAUAGGAAUUACAGCAGCAUUUUCGUUUAUCUUGCCGAGCGUAGAUCUGGUAUUCACAUACAUCGUUGCCAUCGUGGCUUUGUUAGCACAUAUUCAUUAUGGCACUUGUGUGGUACGUCAAAUGUGUCGUCACUUCCGCAUUCAUACAUUCCGUAUCAAGGAUCGUAAAGAUUGACUACUUGCCGACGAUACAUGUUAAAAACGAAGAAUAAAUAAGGUAGUCGGAGGCAGUUACGAAUCAACGAGUACAGACUAGACAAAGGGAAGGAAAGAGUUUUGACAAUGAAUUACACAAAUGGAAAACAAAUACGGCUUAGAGUUUCGUUCUCAAACAAAGAUAAAGAAAGCUUCCAAAUACGUGAAAAUAAGACAAUUGAUCAAACUAGUUAACUGUUAAGUGAUCUGAUUUAAUCAUUCGCAGAGACAAAAUCAUUCAAUUUUCAUAUUGCUGUGAUACUUAGUCGCAAGAAAUCAUAUUUUUUUCGUACUUUGAAUAAGUUAAUCUUUUCGGUGCUCGAACGUUUAUCACGCAAUGCGUGUGGAUAUUAUAUAGUUGGAAAUUCGUUGAACGCCCAAGGGUAUUCGCUGCACGCACUGAGUGUCUAUAAACGUUCACAGUACCCAUAGGAUUAACAGGUAUUUUAGUGCAAUCGUAAUAGGUAAAGAGAGCAGCCAUCAACUUCUGUGUUGUCUUUUUGUGUUCUGUUCGUAUACUUUGACUGUGUGUAGGAGCAUUUUUGUUCUUCGUUUUUAACAUGUAUCGUCUGCGGUGUUAAGCUUGCUCGGUUCUAUUAUGCGAUCGAUAAUCGUUUCUUUUCGUAGAGAUCAUUGAACCUUGAGUGCUUAUAUUGUGAAAAAUCUCAAACUAUAGGCGUCUACGAAGUUAAACAUUUCGCACCGCAUCGAAGCCGAGUUAGUUUAGAGUAAUGAACUUUGAUACGAAGUAAUAGAGGAGGAAUAUGUUGAUGUAUACUUGUAAUAUGAUAUACGCAAGAGACAUUAUUUAUUUUAUGUAAGAAUGCAUGUGUGUUAUUUUGCGUUUAGCGGAGAUCUAGCAUCGAUUUUUACUAUCGAUACGACGAUAGCGUCAAAUUAAGUAACAGAUUUUCAAAAUUCGUAACGAUUACGAGGUAGACUACAAGUUAGAAUUGUCAAUUCGGAGGAAAAUGAUAGAAAUUCCUUUUUCUACCACGAUAUUUAUGAUGGUUUGUUAUCGAACGAAUGGCCAAAAAACUGACUAUUCAGAGGGAAGAUUUUUCCAUGUAUAUAAUACUAUAUAUAUUUUUUUUCUUUUAGAAACAUGGAAUGCGUGUUACUGUAUACUCAGAAUUAUACGUUUGAUAGUUCUCCAACGUGGGAAAAAUAAUGCACAGAAUCACAGUCAGAAUUUUGAGUAGAAUGAAAGUUGUACAUUUUUUUGUCAUUUUCAACGAAAAGUUGUCUAGCCCUUCAUGUCGCUCAAUUUUUUUUAAUUUUAAGAUUUUAAAUUCAAAGGUUUUUGCAUUUAAAGUAUGUAAAUUAAGAAUCUGCGGAAGACAAACAAGAAAACAACAGGUCAAAUGUUACCAAAAUACAUUUAUAUAAAUAUAUACUCUAGCAGCUAGUCUUCACAUUAAAUAUUAGAUAGCUAUUAAAAAUGUCCCACGUUGAAAGAGAACAAAAGUUCGAAUCUUCUUUUAAGAUUCAAGCAAAUUCAAUUUUAAGCUUAAUUGUUAUGAUAACGUAAGUCAAUGUAGAAUAAAUCAAACAAUUUAAAUAUGCAUUUCCAUAGAUUUUCAUCAAUUCCAUGUGCAAUAAUGCUAUGUUGUAAAGUCUACAGAUAGAAAUAUCGAACGAGUAAUUUCUUAUGUAUAUAUUCAAUACAUUAUUACAAGAAUUAAAUAUGUUACUGCAUGUAACAAGAAUAAAAUGUUUCAAAUAUCAAUUAGAAUCGAAUCUUCAUAGGAUUAACAAAAGCUUUUGUAAAAUUUAGUAUGUGUACAUACAUAAUCUUGGGAAAAAAUGUAGUUUACGUGUAGGGAUUUCGAGACGCAAAAUGCUUUAACAAUUGAACAUUCACACGAUAUUCGUGCGAAUAGCAUUUAACAAAUCCUAUGUAAUCUGUUUUAACUAAAA